UCGACUAACUCAAAGUGCAAAUUUCGCUUUAGCGAAAACUUUAUCACAUUAAUGUUACACUGCAAUUGAAAGAGUUAACAUUUGCAUGUAUCGCGCAUGUGUGUGCGUGAAAUGUGUGCAGAGAAAUCCAAUGUAAAUUUUCAAGAUUUCUCAAGGCGCGCCUCUGGAAUAUCACUCGAGAAUAUCAUAUUCGAUGUAAAUUCACUUCGCGUUACACUCUGUCGUAUAUCUGUAACCGAUCGAGAGCACGCGGCAUGUAAACCCCGUGAGUAUAAAUUAUUGCACAGGCAUUAUCGUGUUAAGAAAUAUAUGGCCGUCGAUUGAAAUUGACAUCCAUUUGCCGGAGCGGUUCAGUGCAAGCUCAGCUUUGCCCAACAGAGCUGCCCCGUGUUUUGCCGCGAUCGUGGUUCGAGUUUGGACUGCAUUUUCUACUAAUAGCUUGUUGCAUCUCGGUGAAAUAUCGAAAUUUGCGACUUGUGCGCGUACGAUAAAAUAAAUAAUCUUUUGGUCUGUGCUAUGUAGAGUACGUAAUGAUUUUUUGAAGAGGAAAAGAAUUGUAUGUAUCACAGAGAAAAUAAAAUUAUCAUUGUUGUUGUUGUUAAAUUAGAGUUAUUCGUCUGCUUUGUCUGCCUCUCAGGUGAAGUAAAUUCCUAAGAUUAAAAUCUAUGAUAGCAGAAAGAUAUAACAUGAUUAAUUUCUCAAUUGAAUAACUUGAAUUAUCUCGACACUGUUUUGAAAAUAUCGAUCGAAUUUCAAUACCAGACGCGUUGUCUAGAAAUUAACUAAUCUACAAGAUCGAACUGCCAUACUCGCGUCGAUGAAGGAAUUGGAAGGGAAUAUGAUAAAUCCGAGAGAGCGAAGAUUUACUAUAGAAACGGUAGCGAGACUAGAACACUCAGUAAUUCCGUUUAUAUACAAGUCGACAGACGUGUACGUGUCGGUGUGAAUAUUACACGUAAAUAAACAUAAAUUUUAAGCAUUCGUCAAAGGUUGAUUCUACGAAACGAUGUCGUCGGAAAAAUUGUGUGAAAAGCGCCAGUGGAUUGUCUCGCAGGAAUUUCUACACAAAGCUCCGCCCUCAAAUGAGACCACAGGGACCAGUGCGUUAGUGAACAGUACAAGCUCCGUACUCUCCGACGAGAUGGACGUCGACGUUGUCAACAAACGGCAAGCUACACGCGUCUUCAAGAAGUCCAGCCUCAAUGGCAAGAUCACGGUCUACCUUGGCAAGAGAGACUUCGUCGAUCACAUCACGCACGUUGAUCCCAUUGACGGAGUCGUGCUGAUCGAUCCCGACUACGUGAAAGACCGGAAGGUGUACGGCCAUGUUCUGGCGGCGUUCAAGUAUGGCAGGGAGGACUUGGACGUCCUCGGACUGACAUUUCGUAAAGACCUCUAUCUAGCGGCGGAACAAAUCUAUCCCGUGCCGGGGUCUGAGAUGUCGCGACGGGAACUGACGCGACUGCAGGAGAGGCUGAUCAAGAAACUGGGCAACAAUGCGUACCCCUUUUACUUCGAGCUACCGCCUCACUGUCCCGCUUCGGUCACCCUGCAACCGGCACCCAGCGACACGGGCAAGCCCUGCGGCGUCGACUACGAAUUGAAAGCGUUCGUAGGUGACGCGCAGGACGACAAGCCGCACAAACGGAACUCGGUGAGGCUGGCUAUCAGAAAGAUUAUGUACGCGCCGUCGAAACAGGGCGAGCAGCCCUCGGUGGAAGUGAGCAAAGAGUUUAUGAUGUCCCCCAACAAGCUGCAUCUGGAAGCUUCCCUCGACAAGGAGCUCUAUCAUCACGGCGAGAACAUAGCUGUGAACGUACACAUAGCGAACAAUAGCAACCGAACUGUGAAAAAGAUAAAAGUGUCGGUCAGGCAGUUCGCGGACAUCUGCCUGUUCUCCACGGCGCAGUACAAAUGCAUCGUCGCCGAGGCCGAGAGCGAUAUAGGGAUAGCGCCAGGAUUUACCCUGAGCAAGGUGUUUUCUCUGAGGCCGACGCUUGCCGACAACAAAGACAAGCGGGGUCUUGCACUAGAUGGUCAGCUUAAACACGAGGACACCAAUCUCGCGUCUAGCACAAUGGAGGGCUGCCCGGUGGGACCGGGUUUCACGCUCAGCAAGGUGUUCUUCCUGACACCCCUUCUGGCCAACAACAAAGAUAAAUGGGGGCUCGCCCUCGACGGCCAACUCAAACACGAGGACACCAAUCUGGCGUCCAGCACCCUUGUGGUGGACCCGUCACAGCGCGAGAACCUUGGCAUAAUCGUCCAGUACAAAGUCAAAGUGAAACUUUGCCUCGGCGCCCUUGGAGGGGAACUAGUCGCGGAACUACCCUUCAUCUUGAUGCACCCGAAGCCAGAAGAGGAGGAACCAGCACCAUCUACGGCCCGACCAAAUACAAUACACCUAAAUAACAGUGGGGAAGCCCCAUUCGACGCGAACCUCAUUCAAUUGGACAUGGAGACUGAUGGUGACGACGACAUCAUCUUUGAGGAUUUCGCGCGUCUAAGGUUGAAAGGCGACACAGACGCUUAACCGUGUUCCGCUGACAUCCCGAAGCGUCCCGACAACCGUUUGACACCAGCUCAUUGCGCACAAGACGGAAACCGCACGACACCGCCGGUUAUAUCGAUACCAACGGUGCCGCAGCAGCAAACUUGAACGACGGUUAUUGCCGUUAACAUCAAGCACAAAAUGUCGCCGACCUCUUUCCACCGUUUUUUGGAAAGUACUAAAACUUCUUGAAAUAAUAGUUGGAUGCGAAGGAAUGCGAAGAGGGCAUUUAAAAAGAAAUUAAAAGGGAAUAAAGAGAAACAAAGAGAGAAUAUCGUGGGAGAGGAAUUGUGAAAGAAUUGCUUUGUGGACACAAUUUUUCCCGCGUUAACUGGAAACGAAUAGGCAACAGGGAGAAUUCUUCUCCAACAAUCGCCAUUUUUACCGAUCAUCGAAGAUGAGAUUACGCCAGAGUUAAAAAAUUUCGCUAGAGUGAAUGUUUAUCUCUUAAAGAACCGGAUUUAUCGGACGAUUGCUGUAGAAAUUAACUGAGCGACAAUUAAUUGUGUCGUUGUCUCGUGGCGCGUGUUCACUAUUUGAUCGCGACGAUCUCCAUUUGCGGAAAAAAGAAGCACGACGAAUUAGUUGGCGAACCUUUCAUUAAAUGUCAACGACACUUCACGCUUUGGCCCCGAAUACGGCAUCAAAGACUGAUAUUAUUUACGGAGAAUAUCCAAGAAUUCUAGCCAAUGAGACGUAUUUAUUGUAAAACUCUUAAUACCAAAAGAAAGCUGCUACUGUAAAAAAAGAAAAAAAAUUGUCAAAGAGAGAAAAAUUCAGUAUCUCGAUACUUGACGUUUUUUCGCUAAAAGAGAAAAAACAAAGACCAGCAAAAUUCGCAAUCAAUUCGUCAUCUGACGAGAUAAUCGAUCACGAGUGAAUCGCGAGUUAAUAAUAACUACGAAUUAAUUAAUUAGGGAAUAAACUAAUUCAAUAUCUAAUCGAUGCAAAUUCGAGGACGAGAGUCUUUCUAGAAAUAUCGAACAGCCGCUUUUAGCGGAAUUACGAUUGUUUAUAAGCACGGCCAGUACACUGUCUUUAAGUUGCGUCAGCGUAAGGGAUAAACUCUUACCAGUCUCUUUUAUUUUUUUUUUUUUUUGAGUUGACAGUUUCUACUUUUACGGACGAGUGAAUUAACGUGAGCUAAUAUCGUGUGGGCAGCAAACGCACGAGAAACGCAAGUCUAAUGCUUUUGUUCUCGAAGUAAUUUCGCGCCGAAUCGUCAUAUCACGAUUGUAAAUUAAACACGAACGAGAACACAAUUAAUCGCAGCAGUUGGAAACCGCGAGUCGUCCGAUUUGAGACUCUGUAGGACGAAAGGGAACGAAAGAAAAAAAUCACGCGUUUUAUAUUUCGUCGCGCUUCUCAGACACGUUGAAUUACUGUAAGAACAUGAUUCACGACAACGAGACGGUGAGAAACGAUCAGCGUCCUUAUAAACCUAUAAAAGGUUAAGACGGAACCAGUUCAGGAACGUUUAAUGGAACUCGAAGAGAGACGCGGAGACGCGACAACGUAAAGAGGAAACAUAGGAGACGACGUUUCGAGAUGCAGAGAUGUCAAUUCGUAGAUGUAUUUAUGAAUAUAAUUUUUAGAAUUUAUAUAUCGGUAGCCUCGCGCGUAAGAUUUGUAACAUUAAUCCGUUGCACCUCCCUCUCCUCCCUACGCCGAUUAUCCCGACCCCGAUUAUCCUCGAUUAGCCAAGCUAAUAAUCGAUCAAUUAAGUUAAAAAGAAAAACAGCGAGCACAGUUCAGUCGUAAGUAUUGUCCUCGGCAAAUAUCGAUUGUACUUUUCCUUAAGACUGCUCGUGAAUUCGAUUUGCAUUCGCGUUUGCGGCACGAUGUCAAGCCAGCGUGUCACACAAUGCACAAUUUCGUGCCUUUUAAUGUGCGAGUCGACACCGGCGCGCUGAGGGUUCAGUUCCCCGAAUGAAUUGCUAAAGCUAUAUGGGCCCGGACAUACAGAAAAACUUAAGCAGUAAGAAAAUUGGCCAAUUACAAUCGAUUAUUCUCUGGCCAUAAGCAAAAUCGUUGACUGUGAUUGGUCAAUUUUCUCACUGCUUAAGUUUCAUUGCGUAAGUUUUCUAUGUAUCCCCUCACACGAUGCACGACUUCGUGCCUUCUGACAUGCGUGCUGACUGGCAAUUUAGUUCACUGCAUGAAUUAAAAGAUCUACGCAGUGAACUGAGUUACGUGUCAGAAGACACGUCAAAAGUCGUGCAUUUUGUAUUUCCAGCUUUACAUGCAUGCAGGGGAUUUAUAAACUGAGCCGUCUACAAUGUCCAGAUCCUACACAUAGGAAAGUAAUUUUACCUUUUUGGGCACAGGUGCGUGUCCUAAACAUUUUUAUUGCUUUGGUCUUUAAACACGAAUAUUUAAACUUUCAACAUAAAGUAUAUAGAUAUCUAUCUUGAAAGGUAAAGUAUUUAAAGACCAAAACAAUAAGAACUACGAGUCUGAGCAAUGGCAUAUUUACCUUAAGCAUCAGAAGGGAUGAAAUCGUGUGUCGCGUGAGGCUAGUAAACCUUGACUCGCCGGAAUUUUAAGCAUCGUUUAGCAUUUCGAUAUCGAUAUCGCCUAAUUGAACCUCGGGCACAAAGACUUUUGCUACAAGACGACGAAGAGUGUUACGAAGAUCAUCAUCAGACAAACUACAUCGCUCGAAGGAAGUCACAUCACGGCGACAUCGCCUCGCGCGAAAUUACAUCUCUCGUCAUUUUUCCGAGAAUCCGUGGGAAACCGUUUUGUCACUCUCCCGCCCCUCUCCCUCCCCCUCAUUCUCGUUAGAUGCGGUUCGAGAACUGCAUUCUUAUUCAUUCCGAGGACGAGUAAUUAUAAGAAACGAACGCGCGCUUAUGACUUUAGCAUGUAGGUACGAGUCGUUGUUGAAUCUCGGAGUACUCGGAUUCUCGUGAAGAGAUGACGAUUCGCCAUCAAGCGUUAAUUUCCAAAUCUAAAGAAAGUCAAAGUCAACGAUGAACGGUCCACGUUGGCAACGAAGUUCAACGUAACGGCGACGUUAAUUACGAUGACGCAAUUUGCAGAGCCACGAAGAAACUAUAAGCAUUACAAUGUACAUGUAUAUACAUACGGGAGGCGAGAGAAAAUAGUAUUUUUUAUCACUGUAGCAUUUACAAACUGUAUUUAGACGAGGUAAUCAAGCGUAAUAGCCCGAAUAGCGUCUUUUCGCCGCGCGUUCUCGACGCGUCGGAAACGCACGGCGGGAGAAAUACGGGCGUGUUUCCCUUAUACCAAAGCCAACACGUUUCCGCUUUUUUCUUUUUUAAUGCUUCUCAAAAAAAAAAGUAUUAAUAGCAAAACCGCGAGAGUGAAUUAAAUCUGAAGGGAUCGAACGAGCACAGCUCUUUUUCCUGGUAAUCAAAAUGUUGGUCCAUUUCAUUAUUUACUUAUAUAAUUAUUAUUGAUUUUAUUAUUAUUGGUUAUAUAUAGACACAAGUGUACGUAAUUUUCUUAAAUCACCGAGAGUGUCACGCGGGGAUUUAUUUCGACUUUAUGUGUUUUGCAUUUAGUUCGACAUUAACAAGGUGUCAUCAAUUUUACUCACUUUCUCUCUCAUCAUCGAGAUACAUUACUUUAUUUGAUGCAACAUUAACGUAACCAGCGCGAGUCGCGCUUUUUUUUGAGGAGUUCUUUCACUGUUUAACUCGCUCUCGUAAGGGAAAGCCAGAACAUGCAUGUUCAACGAACGUAGCUGUUAUUUAAUUAAGGGAAAAAAAGUUCUUGCGAUUGUGGUAAAUGUCGAGUGCCGAUACUUCGAUUAUCGUUUUAGGCGUUUGAGCCACGUGUGUAAGUAUAUAUGUGCAGGCUUGUGUAUACAGUGAGAGUAUAUUUUACAUUCGCCCGAGGGCGCGCGCAUAUUUUUUAUAUGAUCGCAACGGUAGGCCGUUAUAAUGUUCUUAUUGUCUCACCCGAUAGGGCAAGAUACACAGAAAGAAUUACGCCGCACAAAACUGGCAGAAAUAAUUCAAGUCAAUAAAGUGGUGCCGUCUCUGUAACUGUACGAUCGUUUCCCUGCGAUAUGAAAGCACGUCACAUACAAAGUGUCGCAAAAAGAGAAUCGUGAAUCUUACCCGUAGGCUUUGAUUUGAAAUUUUAGCAAGAUUUUAGAACAGCUCCUUGGGAUGGGAAAGAUCCAAUCGUCGAUUGAUUGAUAUUACGCGUGAGGGACUCACAAUUGGAAACUACACGACGUGAAUCUUGACGUUCAAUUGUUUUAAAAACUUGCUGAAAUUGUAAAUCAAUUUUGAAGAAUUGUAACAAAGAUUUGUAAUCGAAGUUUCUGUAUACAAAUUACAUACUCGUGUUCAAAUAUAUAAUUAAUUUCGUUACAAUAAAAACAAAAGUGAAUGAACCAGACUCUUUUCUACGCCAACUUGCAUUACGAUUGUCUCGUUGUUGAACGUAAAACGAAUGUAAAUAUUUAAUAUUAAAAGCCGUACCGCGUUGACGCUAUUUUCGCUAAGGGACACAUCCAACGACAUAUCUGAUUUCUUCUCGCGUACGAAACGCGAUAGUUUUUGGGACACUCUGUAUCUAACGAAUCACAGUUAUCACAGCGAUAAGUAAAGCAAACGAUUACGCUUCUUCGGUGUAGCAUACUUUAUAUCGAAGAGCUCACAUUUCUCUCAUCUAUUUCGUUUAUCCGAAGAAAAAAUUGUACUUCCGUGCAAAUAGAGAAGACUUUUAGAAUUUUAAGUAUGACUGCAACAUAAAACAGUAUCGUGCAACAUAAAUCGACGCAAAUAAUUGAUUACACUGCGCAUAAUGGUAAAUGAUAUAAGCUAGAGGUAAGAGGAGGAGGAGAAGGACGAAGAAAGAAGCAAAGAGAGAAAAAAAAAGAGAGAAAGAAAUAGAAAUAUAGAAAGAGAGGAGAUUAUGCGCUCGUUUUUCUUGAGAGUGUGUAUCUGUAAUUAGUGUAAUCGAGUUUGAUGUACAAGUGUCGUGGUUCAUUACAGCUGUUACACGUGUAAAUCGUAAGAGAGAAGAGAAGGCCAUUAUUGCUACUUGUACAUUGCAAUAGAAAACGAUUUAUUUAUUGAAGCCGCGCGUUGUUAGUUAGCAACAGAAAGUCGUAUCGUUCAUGGUCGUUCGUUGUUCAUUCGUGAAUAAUCCGUUUUGUAUGUAAGAAAAAUUAUAAGAGAACUAACAAAGAAGAAAGCGUAAGAGGAAAAGAGAAAGAGAGAGAAAGUAAGUGCAAAUGAGUGAGUGAGAGUGAAAUGGAGCGAAAGCAGAAUGCGAGAGUGCGCGUGUGUGUGUGUGUAAAAGACACGAAGUAAAUUAUGCAUAAUGUAUAUGUAAAGAUCGUGUAUAUUCUCGUAUUGUAACUAGCUGUAAUAAUUUAAUAAAUCCUGUAUAUCGGAACUAUACACA